AUGGAAGUCACUACUCGAGAAGGUAAGCAGACCAUUGAUCCCCCUAUGCCGUCUGAGGUUGAAAUUGUGGUAGAAAGAUAUGAAGAUGAGAUUAAGGUUAGUGGAGAGUCUAAAAAUGCUACAGAGAAGGAAGUGGAGGUAACCAAAACGGUUGUUCCCAUCCCUAGACCUCCAUCUCUAUUCCCACAGAUAUUGGUGAAGAAGACCGAAAAAGGAAAAUACCGCAGCUUUGGAGCCAAUGCGUGGGUAUGCAAGUUUAUGAAGGAUUUGGUCACCAAAAAGAGGGCUGUCAGUUUUGAGGAUGAUGCAAGGUUACAACAUUGUAGUGCUAUCGAUAUGCGGUCAUUAGUGCAAAAUAAAGAGGAUCCUGGAGCUUUCACUAUUCCUUGUACUAUUGGGAUGUUGCAUUUUGUGAAGGUGUUGUGUAAUUUGGGUGUCAGCAUUAAUUUGAUGCCAUUGUAUCUAUACAAGAAGUUGGGUUCAGGGGCUCCAAAAUCGACUGCGAUGCGUCUACUCAUAGCCGAUAGAAUUGUGAAGAAGCCCAUUGGUGUUCUCCAAGAUGUCCUUGUGAAAGUGGAGUCGUUCAUUUUUCCAACGGUUUUUGUGAUACUUGAUUGUGAGGUUGAUUUUGAUGUUCCCAUCAUUUUAGAGUGA